AUGUCUGCUGCUGCCAUCGCUCAGAGAUUCCAGCCAGCCCCCGACCCACCCUCAUCCCCCGCCAGCCACAUCACCAAACUCAGAGCCAUCCGCCCGAACCCACCAGACCCGAGCAUGUCACACGCCCAUGUCACAUUCCCCCCCUCACCCUCGCUUCAACCCCCACCCUAUUCCCAUCUCCCCUCACAACAACAACACCACCACCACCAACAACAACAACAACAACAACAACAACAACAUCAACAACAACAUCAACAACACCAACAACAACAACAACAGUAUUCUCAACGUCCCAACUCGCUACUCCUAUCCCCUCGCUCACUCACCCCACCCUUACCCCCCCUCAAUACCACCUUCAUCCCGGCUCAUGCACCCUUGUCCCCCCGGCCUUCCCAUCCGCUAGCUUCCCCAGGUGUCUGUCCGCCCUACCUCUACGAACUGGCUCAAGCCGAUCGACGCGCUGGAUCCGGAUUCAUCAGCCGCGAGCCCAGCCUGCCGAGCAUCAUGAGCAUGCCCCGCACCCGCCCUGCCAGCCCCGACCCCCUCCACCACAGUCGCAAGACCUCCUUCGCAGCCCGUCGAGCCAACCUCGCCACCGGCCUCCCUGCCAGCUCGUCCAGCCCCACCUCCCCCCAAGUCGCUCGCCGCUUCUUCACCCCGACCAGUGCUCGUGGACUCUCCAACCUGUGCAUGUUCGAAGAUGGCCUCCAGCAUUACGAGCGCGUCCGUAGCCCCAGCCUCAGGGGCCACUCCAGGCGCGGCAGCCUCGUCCUCCCAGUCCCAGAUCACCCCAAGGACGAGCUGGCCAACGAGAUGUUCGAACUUGAUCUGUCGGAAGACCUUGGCGAGGAGACCUUCCGUCAGACCCGUUGGAGCGAUGACGAGGAUGACGACGCCGACUCGGAGAGAGCCCACCAUGCUACUGGGGCCCGCAAGCUGUUCAAGGUCGGCGAUCGGGUCGGCGUCGGCACCCUCCACCAGGGAUACAGGGUUCGCGAUCUCUUUGACACGACCCCGAGGAGUGCUGCUCCCAGACUUGCCACCAAGACGAGCUCCGAGAGCUCUGGAGAGUCGGGAAUACUUGAAGUCGUUCGGCAGAUCGGGGUCGGCAUCCUCUUCGAUCCUGCCCUCGAACCCGAACCUGCAGGGCUCGACAGUACGCUCUCACAAACACCAAAGGCAUCCGAUGGCUUUGCUUCAUUGUCAAAGCUUGACACGCUCUCCUCUUCCCGUCCCAGAGGGCCGUCCGAGGGGGUCGUUUACGGGAAAGACUUCGCCCUCAAAUGUCUCUGCAAGCGGAACUUGAGCGACGAGUUGUUGGUCCUCCAGCGCGGCGAAGCCGAGUUGCAUCGCUCCUUACCUCUACACAACAACAUUGUUGCUCUACAUCGGGCCCUCGAAACUCCCAAUUGGCUCUUCCUUGUGAUCGAAUAUUGUCCCGGUCAAGACUUGUUCUAUUGGUUGGAACAAGCCAGAGACAGUCAAGAUCUCGAAUCCCUCUCUUCGCGCACCAACUCGUGCGCUCCCCACCUACCCAGCUCCAUCCAGCCCCAUUUCCAUCCUAUCGAAGACAAACCGCGUGAGGUCAAUCCAGCCGAACCAACAGCAGUCUCCUUCAAUACCCCGCCGUCCCCUUCUCUACUGGCUAGCACUGCUGACGACGAGAUGCUUUCGAGAAGGAGGCUGCGACUGAUCAGCAAGAUGUUUGUACAGAUGUGCGAGGCUGUCGAGGCUUGUCAUCAGGCGGGGGUCUGUCAUCGGGACAUCAAACCCGAGAACUUCAUUGUUGUCGACGAUCGCAAGGGAACUCUGGGCGACAACUGGAAGGCCCAAUCUACUGAUCACCCUAUCGGCGUGCGGACUUCGGUUACCGUCAAAAUAACCGACUGGGGACUAGGUACCAGCUCGAAGGCUUGCGAGGACUUUGAUUGUGGCAGUAAACCUUACAUGGCCUACGAAUGUCGGAACAACCUCAACCCAACAUAUGAUCCGAUCCAGGCGGACGUCUGGUCCCUGGGCAUCGUUUUGCUCAAUUUGUUAUAUCAUCGUUGUCCCUGGGCCGAUCCUAGCUGCUCGGAUCCCGACUUCCGCGAAUUCCGUCACGCCCCCGUCUCUUUCCUCCAAGGUCGAUUCGAGGGCAUGGCCCAAAGUGUUGCGACCUUCCUUGCUGAAAACGUGUUUUGUGAAGUGGGCACUGGUCGCAGCCAGCGCAGGAUUUCGGCUGGCAAGUUCGGUGAAUGGGCCCAGAACCUGCUCCACCACAUGGGCGGUGGUCUGUCUCACGCAUCAGUCUCGGAUGCCACGAUCCCCAUGUCGCCCUCUUAUACCCGCGGUGUUAUUGACCAACGUCGCAGCCUCCGAGGAUCGUCACUAGGUGGAUUAUCCAAGCGAUCGUCUCAGCUGUUCCACCCUAUCAACCUACCCCCUGCGGUUCCUGAAGUCUUAUCCCCACCGGAGCUAUCGCCCACGGAACUGCCGGUAGUCAUCGAGAAGGAGGUCAUCUGUCCGUUCGAAAAGGAGCCUCUCCAUCACUGGCCCGAGAAAUCAUCGGACUUGAAGGAUUAUCCGGAAGAGGCAACAGAGAUCCUGACCGAUGUGGUUCUAAACCCCGGGGGUGAGAUCAAGGAACCCGCGGAUGUGGUCGGCGAAGACAGCGAAUCAUGCACAUCUGCCAGCAAGAUUGGAUCCGAUAAUCCGAAGCGGAGAAAGCGGGGCGCGCGAAAGGGCCGCAAACUGGAAGGAAGACGCAAUGGGAGCGAGGCGGGAUACCUGUCGUCGACGAACGAGCACGAGGGCGACAUGCUGGACGGGCUGGCCGAAGCCUCACAGAGCCUAGCGCGCGAGAUCAGCCAGAGGAAACUGAACAUCGCCGAACGGAUGAUGGAGAAGUUCCGGGACGGCUCGAACCCGGAUCUGCAAGCGUUUGUCGCCCGAGCACGGGCCCGAGAAGCGGCGUACAUGGGCAAAGCCUCCUCGAACACGGCCUCUGCGCCUGCCCAGCUCCAGGACGUCCACCACCGCUAUGGGGGCCAGCGAGGCCUGUUCGACCGCGCGGCACUGUCGACAACCAGUAGUUCUGGCAUUGCGACUACGUUGAGUACCUCCAGUAAUACGAGCUGGGCCGGUGGCGGCUCCGACGCUUCCUCCGCUUUCUCUAAGCCUCACACCCACUGGACUUCGGCCUCCCAUCGCCGCGAACGGAUCCAGAAAACUGGGACGAAUAAGAAGGAAGAAAGUAAAAACAAACUCGCCCAGCUCUUGACUUCUUUCAAGCGCUUCAACUCGACCGUCGGCAACCACCACUCAUCGUCUUCCUCCUCUGCUACUACUGCUGCUACUUCUAUCUCUUCUGCUGCUUCUACCAAUCCUUCUAACCCUUCGGCUACCAAUCCUUCUUCGUCCGGCCCUGCCGCCACUCUUUCUUCUUCUUCUUCUGGUUUCUUCACUGACAGUCGUUAA